AUGAAAACCCACCAAAUUCUGCAACAGCUAGAGCAGAAUCUCUUUUUACCGUCCAGGCUUUUAUCAUGCGAAAAAUCCCACGACCAGUCACGAUAUAAGUGUAUGUUAACGUAUGGAAUCAUCGCAGACUCAUCGGUGCUCAGUUGUGGUUGUAUUCUCUCAGAGAAGCUAUUUCACGAGAUCGAACAACUUGUAAAGAUUGAUGAGAUUUUUUGUCCGGUGUGUCAUCGCUGUCCCGUCGAAAUGAUCGGACCAGUGAAGCCGCUACGAACACUAUAUGAACAAAUGCACUUUUUCAGCACCGAUGACGAGGAAGAUAAACAGAAACAAUCGGAUACAUCCACCAGGAAUUUGAGCCAAGUAUCAACUUCUAAAUCUCAGCAGUCACCAAGCACAGUGCUACACGAUGAAUUCCACGAUAAAGACCAACGGCAGACCCCCAAACAAUCAUUGAUUUCACUCUUCCAUUCAGUAGCAUCGAGUCUUGAUGACCAUAGUGAAGAGGAAGUUAUAGAGGUGCAUUCGCUGGACAAUGCUUCCAAUACUAAAACUGUCCCGAUCCAGGAUACAGGAUCGUUUCCAGUGUCGCUGGCGACCACGGAAUCCCCUUCGUCCGUACAGCUCUCUGACUUAGACGAGGAAAAAGAGUUUUAUUUCGCCAAGUGUUUUCCCAUGUACCGAAAGAGGUCUCAGUUCAAUACCCAUCAUAAAUUCCUGAGAACCAAAAGCCGACAGUUUGUCAACACAGCCAUUAGCCCUGACUGCACCAAAUUUGCUCUUAUCACUGAACACAAAUGGGAAGUUUACGAGAUACCGCACCCACCCAAAAAAGAUAGAAAGCAGUCGAAAAUUGAUCGGGACCAAAUAUCAAAAGUGAGUCGCAGUGCACAGUUAAAAAAGGGCCGUUCGAAUCAAUCCGAAAGUGUUUCAUUACUUUUCUGCGGCAAAAACUCAGGUGAAUAUGGUGACACUUUUGAAUCUUUGAAAUGGCCCUCAGACCUGGGCACUCUUUACACUCCAAAACAGCUACAAAGAAUGGGCGUAUCUCCCAUAAAUCCACCAGUGGACAGCUGGGAGCAUUUGUACUGUCAAAUGUCUGACGACCUUCUAGUCAUUUCUGGAACCAAGGGGAGGUUCCGCGUGUUCGACUUGAACCGCGGGGGCAGACCUCUUUAUACAUAUGGUUCCACGUUCCCCAUAAGAUGCAUUGAUUUGGAUACGAAAAGCUCACUUAUUGCAUGUGGCAUAACAGGUAACGACAGAACCACAGGUGCAGAACAAGCCUUAAUUUUGUUUCAUCAGAUAAUCAAGGAACCCUUGGCAUCGACGAAGGAGCACAAUCUUGACACAUUCUACAAGUUUUUGUCACCCAUAACCACCACACUUCCUUACCGAGAUCCCGUCAACAAUUUACAAUUCUCACCAGACAGUAAUUACAUUUCCUGCUCCACAGCACUUGAAUCACGAUUCUUAGUCAUAUCUCUGCGAAAAAUCCAUGAGCCACGCUUGGUGAUGAAGUCUUUACGUUCUAUCGAUACCUCUCUUGAGUCGGAAGGAAUAACAGAUACGAAGAUGUUUCCUGGUAACUCGAACCUUAUGUGCGUAACAUCGGUUGCUUUUAAUGCUCCUCCUAUAGUGAUAAACACGCGCCUACAAACCAUUAAUGUUGCACAAAGCGUUGCACAACCAACCAUGCUACUUCGAAUUGACGAAUUGGGUUCAAAAAUUCACAGAUGUGAAAUUUCUCCAAGAAAUGACUCAAUCGCUUUUCUUGAUCGCAACGGUAAAGUCUCUAUCAUGUAUGCCCCGACCCUUUUCGAUAACGAAAAAAGGCGUGUCGUUUUAGUAGACGUUGUGGCAAAUGCAUCGCGCGUUAGAGAGGCCGCCUCCCUUAGAUUCAGCGCAGAUGGCCACAAACUGUUCAUUCUUGAUCGAAAGGGUUCGCUUUAUGUUGAAGAUUUCGCAAGCGGAUUGCCUCAAGACCAGGACGUCACAAAAUGCAAACAGAUCAACUGA